UGAAGGCAGUAUUUUGAAAUAGAAGAGAUUUCGUUUUUACUUAAAGCUCACUUUGUUGUAUUCUUUUUACGUCAUGGCGGACCGUAGCGUGGAUUUUUCCGGUAUACCAAAAGAGGUUCGAGACCAUUUGGCGGAGUUGGAAUUGGAGCUAUCGGAAGGUGACAUCACACAGAAGGGCUAUGAGAAGAAACGAGCCAAGCUGCUGGGCCCCUUCCUCCCUCAGAUCACCAGUGUGGUACUGGCUCUCCCAGACAUCCAGCAGCAGGCGUCCUCUGGCCCAUCCAGUGGUGAACCCAGCCGUGACUGUAGCCCUGCCAGUCCUGAGGCCCCUGGCCCCUCGUCUUCCUCUGGGGGGCGUAGAAACCGCAGCGGUGGGACCAGGGACGACCGUUACAGAUCAGAUAUCCACACGGAGGCAGUACAGGCAGCGUUGGCCAAACACAAGGAGGAGAAGAUGGCACUGCCCAUGCCCACCAAGCGCCGCUCAGCCUUCGUCCAGUCACCCGCAGAAGACUGCACCCCUCCAGACACAUCGUCAGCAUCUGAGGACGAGGGUUCCCUGCGUCGCCAGGCAGCUCUGAGUGCAGUGCUGGCCCAGAGCCUCCAGAGCCCAGACUACUGGAUCAACCGUUCAGUGCAGAGUUCCUCCUCCACCUCCUCCUCCACCUCCUCCACCCUGUCCCACGGAGAGAAUAAGACCCCCACUUCCGCGCUGGCCGACAUACUGGCGAGCACACGCAUAGAGAACAGUGUCCCCCCAGACGUGACAUCCUCAACCCCUGAGAGGCGUUCAAGGGUGGACCUGCCCCCCAAUGCUAUGCCCAGGGGGAUGCCCCGAGGACAGAGCCGCACCAGCAUGCUGGAUACCACCGCUGACGGUGUACCAGUAAACAGCCGUGUUUCCACUAAGAUCCAGCAGCUACUCAACACUCUGAAACGGCCCAAGAGACCUCCGCUCAGUGACUUCUUCCUGGACGACUCAGAGGAGAUCGUAGAGGUACCCCAGCCGGACCCCAACACCCCCAGGCCAGAGGGCCGUCAGAUCAUCCCAGUGAAGGGGGAGCCCCUGGGGGUGGUCAGUAACUGGCCCCCGGCCCUGCAGGCUGCCCUGGCACGUUGGGGGGCUUCACAGGCCAAGAGCCCUGCUCUCACCACCCUGGACGUUACCGGGAAACCCCUCUACACGCUGACGUACGGUAAACUGUGGAGCCGCAGUCUGAAGCUGGCCUACACUCUGUUAAACAAACUGGGCACGAAGAAUGAACCUGUCCUGAGACCUGGAGAUAGGGUGGCAUUGGUGUACCCUAACACUGACCCUGCGAUGUUCUGGGUGGCCUUCUAUGGCUGUCUCCUGGCAGAGGUCAUCCCUGUACCCAUAGAGGUGCCACUGUCUCGACAGGACGCAGGCAGUCUUCAGAUUGGCUUCCUAUUGGGCAGCUGUGGGGUGGGUCUCGCCCUGACCAGUGAGAUCUGUCUUAAAGGACUGCCCAAGACUCCCCAGGGAGAGAUCAUGCAGUUCAAAGGUUGGCCCCGUAUGAAGUGGGUUGUGACAGACACCAAGUACCUGACCAAGCCAUCUAAAGACUGGCAGCCCCACAUCCCCACCGCCAACACAGACACAGCUUAUAUCGAGUACAAGGCCAGUAAAGAGGGGACGGUGAUGGGAGUAGCCGUGUCUAAGAUAGCCUUGUUGACACACUGUCAAGCCCUGACACAGGCCUGCAACUACUGUGAAGGAGAAACGUUGGUCAAUGUCCUUGACUGUAAGAAGGACAUGGGCUUGUGGCAUGGGGUGCUAACCAGUGUCAUGAACAGGAUCCACACCAUCACUGUACCUUACGCUGUCAUGAAGGCCUGUCCCAUGUCCUGGGUGCAAAGAGUCCACAUACACAAAGCACGUGUAGCUGUGGUGAAGUGUCGUGACCUCCACUGGGCUAUGAUGGCUCACAGGGACCAGAGAGACACCAACCUGUCCUCCAUACGCAUGCUCAUAGUAGCUGAUGGAGCCAACCCCUGGUCUGUGUCGUCGUGCGACGCCUUCCUCAACGUGUUCCAGUCUCACGGGUUAAAGCCGGAGGUCAUCUGCCCCUGUGCCUCCUCUCCUGAAGCUCUCACUGUGGCUAUACGCAGGCCUGGUGCUCGGGGUACAGCCCUCCCUGCCAGGGCCAUUCUCUCCAUGGGCGGGCUGAGUCAUGGGGUCAUCAGGGUCAACACAGAGGACAAGAACUCUGCCCUCACUGUACAGGACGUAGGCCAUGUGAUGCCUGGAGCUCUGAUGUGUAUUGUGAAGCCAGACGGGCCUCCACAGCUCUGUAAGACUGACGAGAUCGGAGAGAUAGUGCUGAACUCCAGGGCUGGAGGAACCUUGUACUACGGUCUACCUGGAGUCACCAAGAACACCUUCGAGGUGAUUCCUGUGAACCAGACUGGAGCUCCGAUAGGAGACAUCCCCUUCACUAGGACUGGCCUGCUGGGCUUCGUAGGGCCGGGAAGUCUGGUGUUUGUAGUGGGGAAGAAUGAGGGGCUCCUGACGGUCAGUGGUAGACGACACAAUGCUGAUGACUUGGUGGCCACAGCCCUGGCCGUGGAGCCUGUCAAAACUGUCUACAGGGGGAGGAUCGCCGUGUUCUCAGUGACCGUGUUCUAUGAUGAGAGGAUAGUGAUUGUAGCAGAACAAAGACCAGAUGCCAGUGAAGAGGACAGCUUCCAGUGGAUGAGCAGAGUACUACAGGCUAUAGACAGUAUCCACCAGGUGGGUCUGUACUGCCUAGCCCUGGUCCCAGCCAACACGUUACCCAAGACACCACUGGGAGGGAUCCACAUCUCUGAGACCAAACAGAACUUCCUAGAGGGGAACCUGCACCCCUGUAACAUCCUCCUCUGUCCACACACCUGUGUUACCAACCUGCCCAAACCACGGCAGAAACAACCAGUUGGAGUGGGCCCGGCCUCCAUCAUGGUUGGUAACCUGGUAGCAGGAAACAGGAUGUCCCAGGCUGCAGGCAGAGAGCUGGGCGUGGUGGAGGAAGAGGGUCUGGUCAGGAAGCACCAGUUCCUGUCUGAAGCGCUACAGUGGAGAGCCCAGAGUGACCCUGACCACGUCCUGUAUGUGCUGCUCAACGCUAAGGGGGCAGCAGUGUGCACAGCCACGUGUGUUCAGCUGCACAAGAGAGCAGAGAAGAUAACCUCAGCCCUGAUGGAGAGAGGAGGCCUCAACACUGGGGACAACGUAGUGCUGCUAUACCCCCCUGGCAUUGAUCUGAUAGCUGCCUUCUAUGGCUGUCUGUAUGCUGGGUUGAUCCCUGUAACAGUGCGGCCCCCUCACCCCCAGAACCUGGCUGCUACCCUGCCCACCGUCCGCAUGAUCAUCGACGUGAGUAAAGCUGCCUGUAUCCUAACCACCCAGCCCCUUAUGAGGAUCCUCCGGUCCAGAGAGGCUGCUGCCAGUGUCAACGUCAAGACCUGGCCCACUAUCAUAGACACAGAUGACCUCCCCAGGAGGCGGCCCCCCCAGCUCUACAAGCCCCCCACAGCAGAGAUGCUGGCCUACCUGGACUUCAGUGUGUCCACCACAGGAAUGCUGACCGGGGUCAAGAUGUCCCACUCGGCGGUCAGUACUCUGUGUCGCUCCAUCAAGCUACAGUGUGAGCUCUACUCCUCACGCCAAAUAGCCAUCUGUCUGGACCCCUACUGCGGUCUGGGCUUUGUACAGUGGUGCCUCUCCAGUGUGUACUCGGGUCACCAGUCCAUUCUGAUCCCUCCUAUGGAGUUGGAGCUGUCCUUACCUCUGUGGCUGAGCACCCUGAGCCAGUACAAGAUCAGAGACACCUUCUGUUCCUACUCUGUCAUGGAGCUCUGCACCAAGGGCCUGGGCACACAGACUGACUCUCUCAAGGCGCGGGGUGUGAACCUGUCGUGUGUGAGGAGCUGUGUGGUGAUAGCAGAGGAGCGUCCCCGGCUGGCACUGACCCAGUCCUUCUCCAAGCUGUUUAAAGACCUGGGCCUCUCCCCCCGUGCUGUCAGCACAGCGUUUGGAUCCAGGGUCAACCUAGCCAUCUGCUUGCAGGGUACAGCUGGACCCGACCCCUCCACCGUCUAUGUAGACAUGAAGUCCCUCCGCCAUGACAGGGUGAGGUUAGUGGAGCGAGGAGCCCCACAGAGUCUUCCCCUCAUGGAGUCAGGCACUAUUCUUCCAGGGGUGAAGGUGAUCAUCGUGAACCCAGAGACCAGGGGUCCGUUGGGGGACUCGCAUCUAGGAGAGAUCUGGGUUCAGAGUCCCCACAGUUCCAGUGGCUACUACACCAUCUAUGGAGAGGAGAGCUUGCAGGCGGACCACUUCAACACGAGGCUGAGCUUCGGGGAGCCCCACACCCUGUGGGCCAGGACGGGAUACCUGGGCUUUGUCAAGAGGACAGAGCUACUGGGGUCCACCGGAGAUCGUCAUGACGCUCUGUUUGUGGUGGGCCAGCUGGAUGAGACGUUGGAGCUCAGGGGGCUUCGCUACCACCCCAUCGACAUAGAGACCUCUGUGUCCCGGGCACACCGCAGCAUCGCUGAGAGUGCUGUGUUCACGUGGACCAACCUCCUGGUAGUAGUAGCAGAGCUGGCCGGGUCGGAGCAGGAGGCCCUGGACUUGGUGCCUCUGGUGACCAACGUGGUUCUGGAGGAGCACCACCUGAUUGUGGGUGUGGUGGUUGUUGUUGACCCGGGGGUCAUCCCCAUCAACUCACGGGGAGAGAAGCAGAGGAUGCACCUCCGGGACUCGUUCCUGGCCGACCAGCUGGACCCCAUCUACGUGGCCUAUAACAUGUGAGGAGGGCCCAGGCCCCAUUCACACUGGGGUGGAGGCUGGCUAUGGGGGUCCACUGGAGUGGAGGCUGGCUAUGGGGGUCCACUGGAGUGGAGGCUGGCUAUGGGGGUCCACUGGGGUGGAGGCUGGCUAUGGGGGUCCACUGGGGUGGAGGCUGGCUAUGGGGGUCCACUGGAGUGGAGGCUGGCUAUGGGUGUCCACUGGGGUGGAGGCUGGCUAUCGGUGUCCACUGGGGUAGAGGCUAAAGUAUAGAGGCUCUGGGAGGGAGGCGCGGGGGGUGGACUGCUUCUCCCCAGAAUGGACCUCACACUCACUCAUCUGGCAGUGGGACAGAUUGGCAGGACAGGGCAGGAGUAGCAUUGGUGGAUGGGCUUGGACUUGGUUUAGCCAUCCUGUUACAGUAAUUCCUGCCCCAGCGUUCUUUUUCUCUCGGCCAGAGUCUCCUCUCUAUGAAACAGAGACUGUUUAUUAAGGCUGUGGGUGGGAGUGAAGUUAGAGCAUGUCUGUCUGCAUGGGUUUUUGCUGCUUCUUACUGGUGCUUUUCCAACCACUCCCUGCCUCCCACUGACAGAGUAGGAAGAUGAUUGGUUUCUCCUCUUUGAUUGACACUUGGGUCCACCUAUCAAGUAGAUGUUUGCCAAUACCCUCAUCCACUGUCUCUCCCCGACUGCUCCUAACCAUGAUUUUAUCCCCAGCCAUUAUUAUUGUGAAUCUUGUUUUAUAGAAGAAAAUACAGAGGUGUGUUUCUCAUCUCGAUCCAUUCCCUGGUUCAGCCUGUACCCUGCUCUCUCCUGAGUGGUCCACAAUCCGUCAUGUUGGUCAGGAUAGGACUGUGGAGUCAACGUGACGAGCUGGAAGCUUCCCCCAUGCACUUUAACCUUUCCUUGUCCUUCCAUAAUCUCUCCUAGCCUAGUCCCAGAUCUGUUUCUGCAGAUCAACUCCUCAUGAGACAAUGACCAAAGGAGUUGGAAAGACCUGGGACCAUGCGUAUUGUACGUCCCAAAUGGCAACCUAUUCCCUAUAUAGUGUACUACCCUAUGGGCCUUGGUCAAAAGUAGUCCACUAAAUAGGGAAUAGGGUGCUAUUUGAGACGCAGUCUAUAUGUCCCCUGGAUUGUCGAUGGGAGACUCUGACCUCUACUCACUUCCAUUUUUCAUCAAGAAAUGCAGAAGAACUAAACAAUAUCACAAACAAUACAAUAGCAGCAGUAAGUACAGCCCACUGAGUCAGACAAACACCUGCACCUCAGUAGCUGUACUUACUGCAGAGCUGGAAUUGACCGGUCAUCUUACGUGUCUGUCCCAUAGACCUCGUUUUCUUUUUUUUACACUUUACUGCUAUGUUAAAAGCUUUUAGACGUGCUAGAAGAAUUCACUUUUAAAACACACUUGUCAUUGGUAUGGAAUGAAACAGAUAAACAUACCAGCAGCAAACUCGCACAACAAAACAGACCGUGUUUAUUUUUGGGGGACAAUAUUUGAAGGUCUUGAUGUAUGAGCAGGAAUCGUUCCAUGAGAGUUCUCUCAUCGAUCAUGUAAAUAAAAGGGACUUCUGUUUUAUGGGGUCAGGGUUAUAUGUAUGUCUGUACAUACGACUAAACUGCUGUACAUAUUUAUCUUUACACAACUCUAUUUAUCGUCAAUAUUUAAAUAUCUAGCAAGCACAAAAUACUGGUAAUAUGGAACAAUAAACUUCUGAUUAACUUGCUGGCUGACCUGAUAUCAUGGAGGCUCCUCUGCUGAAUCACUAUCUUAGCUUGAAUAAGUAUCAGUCAGUCAGCUGCUGGCCUCUCACAGGCUUUCAGAUGGCAAAGCUUUGGGGUCCGUGGCUAGUCAAUUGCUAGGCUUGUUUGUUGAUUCUGGAGUGCCCAUUGAGUCACCAAGGUGCAUCUAUAUUUCUGACUAACUUCACAUGAGGCUACAUCUGGGAUGUCGGAAGACUGCUGUGCCUUUAAAUGUGGAAGACACAUUUCAGUUGUACAACUGACUAGGUAUCCCCUUUCCCUUUGUUUUGUGCCAUCAUGAAACGUGACAUCUUCAUAAAUCAAGGACUUGGUGAAUUACCAAACCGUUGGCAGUGGGUAUAAGAUGAGGACAAAUUCUUGCCUUAUAAAACCUGUGGAACUUGUAAUACUUUUACUGUUAUUAUUUGUCAAAGGUUUUAAUUUCAUUAUUCUGAUUGUAUUAUGACUAGAAAAGGGAUUGUGAAGGGUAAGAUGUUGACCGUAUAGGGUAUAUUUUAGAGGUCAUCAACUGUAUAACUGGUGUUACUGUGUACAUUGAAAUUAUGAACUUAUUCUUUGUUCAUAAAACUUGACUGAUCUUUCAUACUUGACAGCAAAUUUCUGCAUCACAGACUUAAACGUAGGCUAAGUAACACAUUUCAAAAUUAAAGGAAGCAUAUCAUAUGGUUUGGCAGGUGGUAACAAUUUGCACUUUUCCAUAUCAUUAUUGCUGGCGUGUGUGAUCGUAUGGUUUAAAUGGUGACAUCGUUUGCCUUUCCUUGUGGAAAAAAAGUUUAAUUUCCCUUUUUAAUUAAAUGAACAUCAAAAUAUUGAACAAUAUUUUUGUUCCAAAAUGCCAGUUUCUUUUUUGUUGAUUGGCUUAUUUUAUGUCAUUCACUGUAAUGUAAUGUUUAGGGGUUGACUCUAGCAGGACAUCCCAAGGAUCCAGCCUAGCAUCAAACUAUUUUUAUUCCAUCCAUCCAAAUUAUUUAAAUGAUUGUAAUGUUUUUCAUGCAAGAUUUCAACUACCCUACACAACGCUGUGGCAAAACAAAAGCCUUGUUUGAUUUAGGAAGUUGUUAAAACUACUUGAAUGACAAACAUUGUAACUUAAGUCCAUCUUUAGAGUAAAGUUACAUUUAAUGAUUCAUUUAAAAAAAAAAUGGGACUAUUCUGUGGUAUUUGGCUUUCUUGCCAAGCUGCUACUGUAUCAUUCCACCUUUGCAUGUUUAAAUCAUCAUCUUAUCUUAUAGUGGUGUGACCAUAGAACUAGAAGGAAUUUACCACUCAAUCUCCAUGGUGUGAGCGGUUCCAAGCCCGUUCUACUCAAUCUAAUUCUAUGGGUGUGACAACAUGUUGUCCUGCCAUACAUUCAUUAGACACAUUGGUGCUAUCCAAAACUGGAAAUAAGGGGAACGUUUUUCAAGAUUCUAUCCAUGGAAAAACCUAGCUUGAGUUCCAGCCUGUUUGAACUAUUGUGCCAGCUCCAAUUGGCAAAAGCACAAACCGGUAUAGGACCAGGCUAGGACAAAUGAUCAGGAUUGCCAAUAUUUCCAUAUAUUUUGUAAUAAACACUGUGCCAAUUGCAGUAAAACUGAAAACAAUAAAGGAUGUUAAGCUUUUAGUCUUGUAAGCACAAUGUACUGUACUUGUGUAGUGAUAAAACAAUAUAUUUCGGAUGAUUAAUGUUAUUUGUAAACAUCAAGGGCCCAAAAUAUAUAUACCUCAAGGCUGCUCACUAUGCAUAAAUGCUGUACAAGAUCUUCUCAAUAUUGUCAGUGAUGCAAUGAGUUCCAACUCAGAGGCAAACGUGUCCUAUUUGACCAACGUUCUGUCAUGUUGUCAAUGGGGAUCAUUUGUUUUCUAUUUGGUUUAGCAAAAUGAAACAAUAAAAAUCUGCUUUUGUCA